AUGGCGGCGAAGAAGGACAGCGAUGGUGACACAAUGACGCUUACUGAACAAGAUAUUCCUAGAGCAGAGCUCCCGAAGCCCCCUGAAAAUUGCACUCUGGCAAUAUUAAAACGUUGGUUGACCUGCAGAGGAGCGAAAGUUUCGGGUAAAAGGAACGAAUUGAUGAAAAGAGUAAAGGAUUUCAUAUGCUCUGGUUUGGAUUCCAAAAACCUCAUCGAUCCUGAUGGUGGCAUAAAUAUUCGAAACAAGCGCAAAAAACUUGGAUCACAAGAGGAGCAAGAGACAACUCUUAUUGACUUUCCCAGCAAGGAAUUUGUUGUAGGAAUCAACUCGAAGCUGAAUGUUGGCUAUCCCCAAAUUUGGAAGUUUUGA